CUUACUGUCACAUAAAAGUGAUAGUACAACUUUGCUAGAAAGCGUUUUGAAAGACCAGAAUCAUGCUUUCUUUUGCUCGUCAUAGUUUUUCUCGCAUACCGCGUCGCGCUUUCUCAACAACUUCGACGCGUGCAUAUGAUGUCUCCAAGCUCAUCCUCAUUGGACGACUAGGCAAAGACCCUGAAGUUCGUACUACCAAGGGUGACAAGGAAUACGCUUCUUAUACCGUUGCGACCACUAACUACCCACCUCCACCUCCUAACCCUGAUGGCAACCGCCAAGAGGCUGGAACCACGUGGCACCACAUCAUUUGCUUCAAUCCCAAUCAGACCAACUACUUGCGCACUCUCCAGAAAGGGACCCAAGUUUACGUUGAGGCGAACUUUGAGCUUCGUGACCCAGACCCAAGCGCGGACUCAUCUUCACCACAGGGCCAAAGACAGAUAUUCCUUAGACACGAAAGCAUCCGGGUUAUCAGGCACGCCCCCUCGCACAGCGAGAGCUCCGAAUAGUGCAUGUCACUUUAUGACUAUCGUAGCUACCCAUCUUAUUGGUAUAACUAUUACACACCACCGCUCACCCCACACGAUAAUAUAUGUUACAUCUAUUGGUAUCUCACUCGUCAUGAUGGUCAAAUGGCGACUCGGACCGCCUUCUCAUGCCAAGUGCGUUGUGGGAAGGAUCUGUGAGCCAUGCCUUUACUCGCUAAUGAACUGGCGAACCUCAACUCGCUGAUAUGAGCUUACCGUGCUCUCCCGGAUUGGUACAGACGGGAGAGGCGCAUGCAUCUCUGUCCCUAGAACAGAUGAGGCUGACAUUCGUGCACCUUCUGACUUGUUGAUUUUGUGAAGAUAAUCCCGUACAGUUGUUACCACAAGCUAAUGGUUGGUGUGUGAAUGUUGAAUCGAGUGAGUUUUGGAAGAAGACAUACGUGAUGGUCUUCUUGACUUGAAC